GUCUACGGGAUGUGGAGAGGUGCAUGAUAACAUUCAAAUGGUUCUUUGAACAUCAGGAUGUUAUUUUUGACCAUAUUGAAAAAGAAGUUGAAGAAUCUUGUAAAAAGGCACAAAAACCAAUUCCUGAAAUCAACAGAGAAAUCCGAAUAAUAAUACAAACUGUUGGAGUUUGUUACCAUGCAUCACUUGAUGAUAGACAAGCUUUUCGAAACGUUUUGGUAGAGAAUCUUGCAAUAGCAAAUGUUAAUGAAAGUUACAUAAACAUGGAGCUCACAGCAUGUCAGUCUGUGUUUUUACGCAACAUAAGAAUAGGAGAUAACAUCGCUUGCAAUCAAGCUCUGAAAGAAAAUGUUUAUAUGAUGGCCAUCUGUGCUGAUAUGAAAAUUCCAUUGUUCUUGAUUGGCAAACCAGGAAGCUCAAAGUCAUUGGCAAAAACAAUUAUAACCAACAAUAUGCAAGGGCAGACUUCACAUGCACCUUUGUACAGAAACUUGAAACAGAUUCAUAUACUUUCAUACCAAUGUAGUGCACUCACUGAUGCAGCAGGAAUCAAAAGCGUUUUUAAGCAAUGUGCUCAGCUGCAAAAGAAACAGGAUUUGAAAACGUUUACUGCUGUUGUAGUUUUGGAUGAAAUCGGUCUUGCUGAAGAUUCUGCUAACAUGCCACUGAAAGUUCUUCAUCCGCUUCUGGAGCGUCGAAGUACAGAUCUAAUUACUGUUUUACAACCUGAUGAUGAAAGAGUUGGGUUUGUUGGAAUCUCCAAUUGGGCUCUGGAUCCUGCAAAAAUGAAUAGAGGAAUAUUCCUGACAAGAAGUAAACCUACUGAACUUGACUUAAAAAAGACAGGAAAAGAUAUUGUUCAAAAUACCAACUUAUGGAGAAUCAAUAAAGACAUUUUUGAAUCUUUGACAGAAGCUUAUCUGGAAGUUUACAAUGAAGUUCAGGAAAAAGAAUAUUUUGGGCUGAGAGAUUAUUAUAGCCUCAUGAAAAUGCUUUGCCACAAGCUUGCAACUGUUAAAAAAAAUGAAAUUAGCUUUGAAGAUGUUGUUUAUGCCGUUCUUCGAAAUUUUAGUGGAGGGCCCACAGGAGUUCAUGAUACAAUUAUAGAAAAAGUCUUCAAUGUAUUUAAAGAACAAAGUGGCGAUAGCACUCUUGCAAUUCCUAAUAUUCCCUUGCAAAAUAUGAUUUGCGAUAAUCUUAGUGAAACAGAAAGCAGAUUUUUACUUCUUCUGGCUAACCAGUUUUCAGUUGUCCACUUGUUAGAAUAUUGCAUUAAAAAUAAUAAUAGAGGAUUUCAUGUUGUGUUUGGUUCGAGUUUUCCAGGAGAUCACAGUUACACUGAAAUAUGUAGAAAUAUAAAUAGAAUUAAAGUAUGCAUGGAAACUGGAAAAACUGUAAUUCUUCUCAACAUGACCGAAAUACACGAAUCACUCUAUGAUGCUCUUAACCAACAUUUUGUGACAUUAGGGGGACAAAAUUAUGUUGACCUUGGUCUUGGAGGCCACAGGGUCAAAUCCAGAAUUUCCAAAGAUUUUAGACUAAUUGUUAUUGAGAAAAAAGACUGCGUCUUUCAUAAAUAUCCAAUACCAUUGAUAAAUAGGCUUGAAAAACACCAUUUCAACUCAGAAAGUCUUUUGGAUGAAGCUUCAAGAAUUGAAUCCGAAGAGUUAUCCUCGUGGGCUUCAAAUUUUACCAAGUUGAAAAAAUCGACAUUUGUCGAAAGCGAUGCAUUUGUUGGAUUUCAUGAUGAUACAAUUAGUUCUGUUGUUCUGACCACAGAUUUUACUAAUGAACUUGAAUGUGAGCAGUCUUAUUGUCCGUACAAAUUUACUCUUCUGCAGUCUUGUUCAAUGGAUGCAUUGUUGAGGUUGAACAAUUCAAGUCUAUGUACUGCUGAAGUGGAUAUGGCUUUGGAAGUUUACUUUAAGCAACAAUGCCAUGACAGACUUGUUGAUGUAUUGAAUAGAUGCAUUGAAGAAAACCAGAAACUUUCAUGUAUGGAGAUUAUUUCGUACUCAAGCAUAUUGUCUGGAAAUGAUAAAUAUGUUCUUGAACAACAACUUGGAAAUAAAGAUGUUAAACCAAUAAUAACACGUUGGUCACUUCAACUUUUCCAUACACAACAAGAAUAUUCUGAUAAGCUCGAUGUUUUUUUUAAUCAGUGCAGUAAACCCAUUGAAAGUUGCACCAAAAGCGUCCAUAUUCUGCUUGUUCAAUGUGCGCAGGCACAAAUAAAUAGUUCUCUUAUAGCUUGUGCACAACAUUGUUUGACGAAUAAAUUACUGGAGUUCAAAAAUAAAUCAAAUAAUAAUUCUAAUGUCACUGUUGUCAUUGCAAUGUUGUUAUCAGUUGAGAGAGAAUGCAAAUUGGGAUCAAAAUCUGAAGCACUUGUACUGCAACAUACACAAGAAUUCAAUAUCAUUUAUGUGGAUGAGCUCCGUCCUACUGACCACCACCUUGCUCCAGCUAGCAAGUUUUUAGGCAAAUCUUUGUCAGAAGUAUUUGAGAUUGGCAAGCAAGAGCUAGAAUUGAAGAAUGAAGAAGUACUUGUGAAUAUGAAGUCUCUCCUAAGUGAUAGUGUAUGUGAAGCGGUGGCAAAAGUAGAAAGCGAAAAAAAACAGAGCAAUAGAUACUUCAAGCGUAUUGAAAUACUGAAAAAAUUGUUUUUGGAAAAUAAAGAUGCCAAUAAAUAUUUCUGCAAACUUCUGCUUGAUAAAAUGGUAACUGUUUUGUUGGAAAAACAUGAACAAAAUGAUAAUAAAGAUUGGAUUGAAUCAGAAGCUUUGAACAGAGAAAACUUGCAAGAGGGAGGGACAUUCAGAAAAACUAUCUGGCUUUGUUUGAAGAAGCAUGCCGCUCGCAUUCUUGCAUGUGUUGUUAGUGUCAUUGAUCGAGACAAUAACAUGGAUCUUAUUGAAAACGAAUCUGUCGCUCCCUGGUUAACCAACAUGUGGUUGAGCAUGUUCGAGCUACUAGACAUAACCUGGACAGAUGUGACUAAAUCAGCAAAAUUCACCAUACCCGGAUCAAUGUAUGCUAACAAAUGUUGUCAAUUGCCAUUCAGCUUUAUAUCAUUGAUUUUCUCAAUACAGAAUAUGCUUUAG